UAGACCCAUAAAAACAAAAUUAAUAAGUCUCUUCAUAAGCUUUCCGGAGUUUUGUCAUGUUUAGUGAUCGCAAAUUUUUAAGGCCACAAAGCGAGUGAAGUAUUUUAGUUUUCACGUUAUCUCAUCGAAAAAAGUCACCACAGUUCACUGCGUUGAUUAUUUUACGCGUAGAGGGCGGUAUUACCAAAUGCCUUUGGUGUAAGAAUUUACAGAACUCAGCCAGGCAAAUCGACGAACAAUAGUGAUUCAGUGGUUUAAUGAAGGGAACGGGAAUUCUUUUUCGGCUACAUAAUUACUACCAUGGGCGUUUGAUUACCAAAAUUCUUCAUUCUUCUCUAUAGCUGAGAGUUGAAGCUACUCAUUAUUAUACUUUCCUGGACCAUUUUGUGAUCAACAAAACUGAGAGAAAGACGCAUCCCGCAAUGCUAACAUCGGCAAAUAAUUGAAGGUCGAAAGAUCUGGAAAGGCGACUUACUCAACGUGAUGUCCAUGGUUCCUGAUGACCCCGGAAUUGUUCUUCUGGAUUUGUUUUUCUAGUUGAGUAAAUCGGUCUAAAAACAUGGAGAAUUAUCAAAAUAUAUAGAAACGUUCAUCUCACCGAGAUCUAUGAAGUAAUAUGGCCUGACCGAUGAUGGAUUUCACAAGAGCAAUAAGCCAAAGGAAAGAUGGACAAAUAAAAACUGACACCUUUCUCGAUUCGCUUGUGAGACAGAUGUCAGUUUACACGGUGGCUACCAUAGGUUUAUUUCUUAUCUUAAAGGAAUACUUGAUCGGUUCGUUUAUCGUCUGCCAGCCAAUCAACAGGGGCGUCAAAGUAAACCUGUCCUACGAUCAAUCACAAGCAGAUUACGAUAAGGCUUACUGCUCCAUGUCCAUGACAGAUUUUGCAGAAAAUCUCAUUGUUGCAACAGGAAGUGAGCCCAACACAAUCCCCGGAGUGACUAUCAUGGGGAUCAAGUCAGGGGAAGGACGAGUCAUCUAUCAGAAACUUCUCCCAUUUGCGUUCGUCAUUCAAGCUGCGCUCUGCUGCAUUCCAACAAUUUUGUGGAAUAUCUGGGCUUCUGAAAUACUUCGUGCUUCUGUUAGACUUAUUAUGGAUAUCUCAAGGAAGAUCUCUCCUGCAGUGGACAGCUCAAGCCACGGAUUAACCAGAAAGAACCAAAGUUAUGAAAUCUUUUUCGAGGAUCUAAGCAGUCAAGUUGACUUUUGGGGAGAAAGGAAAUUUAUUGUCGGAGUUUACACUACAAGGUUAAUGCUAAACCUAGGCAUCUUCAUUCUUAUUGUUUGUUUUUAUUUGACAUACCCCAUUCUCAAUUAUUAUAGCCUGCAAGGGUUGUUCAUAUGUCACGUGCACAAGCAAACCUUGGUCACGUGCGCUUUUCCGGGUAUUGACUUGUUCAAGUUAGUAUGGAUCGUGAAUAUCGUUCUUGUGGACGUUUCGAUUGUCAUCGUUGUUCUUCAACUGAUUAACGUUGUUUUCUGUAUGCCACGUAAGAAAACGUUUUUCUCAUGGUACUUAGGAGUGGAAGAAAGAAAAAAAUUUCGAAUAUCCAAUGAUUCUCAUUUGAUCUCGUACUUUUGUUACGAAAACGUUGGUGCUAUGUGUCCUCGAAUUGUGUCUAACUCGCUUAGUCAAAGAAAGCCAUUGUAUUCUCCGCUUAUCUCAUUCGGGAGUUCGGAGGAGGAGUUGCGUUCCUCUAACUCAAGUUCAUCUAUUUCAUACAAUACAGCGCCUCAGCUAUUCAAACGAGAAAUCACUGAAGGGGAAAAGGGAUGAAGCAAUUCAGAAAUAAGGAAACAGAUCCGAAACAGUUCUCUGUGAUGAUAAAACAAAAGCUCACGGAGGUCCAGGAACAAAAGCGUUUUACUCUCUCCUCUGCUGAAUCUGUUAGAGCAAAAUAGGAUAGAAACUACAUCAGAAUGUAUGUUUUGGGAAUUUAAGACUUAAAUACAUUAACAAAAGUUAGGAGAUAUAACCGAACAUAAUGUCAGGAAGUACUGAAAUACAACCGUUGAAAAGCCAUAAUAAAUUUCGAGGAUCCAUCUACACUACGAAGAUAUACGCAUGUUAGUCGCAAACGUAAAGCUGCAAUGCGAGGAUGUUUUUUCAGUUUUAAAACGCGGCCAUUUCCUAUUGUCAACCUUGAGACAAUCCCCUGCAUCGACUAGACAAGAGCUACUUCUAGUUUCCUUGUUACUUGUUCUUAACUUCUUAUUCCCAAACACCUUGCAAAAAAUCCCUAGAUCUAUGGAUAACACAAAUUUUGAAGUUUGUAAAAGUACAGCAACCUUAAUAAACAUGUCAAAAUUUUAAAUAUUCGGUAUUGGGUGUGGGCUUUCAAGUUGAAGGUUAUUUAACUUCGUUUACACACACCCUGUCACCGUCUACUCUAAACAAUCCACAAAUAGACAAGAACUUCAGAAAGACAGAUUUCACGGAGCACACUUCAAUCACGCUAUUCACCAAAGUCAAGAGGUCGUUAACCAAAACACGUGUGUC